CAACACCUUCAUCGUGAGCGCGUAGACAUCUCGAGCGUCCGCUCACAUCACAGCAGCAGCGCGGUCGACAAGAUGUCCUACAACGAGGAUAACGUUAAAGGGAAGCUCACUUCUCUCAAUGAAUCGCAAGAUAGCAUCGUGACCGUCGCGCAAUGGAUUAUGUUUCAUCGUCGAUACGCUGCGCAGACGGCCCAGCUGUGGGUGGCCACUUUGCAGGAAUCGCCCACCGCUAACAAAAAGCUGAACCUACUCUAUCUGGCCAACGAAGUCGUGCAGCAGUCUCGCGCGAGAGGAAAGAUGGACUUUAAGAUCGCCUUCGAACCUGUGAUUGCAGACGCGACAGCAAGUGCGUACAAAGCCGCGAACCCGGACGUGCAAGGGAAGAUACGACGAGUUGUGGAGGUCUGGCGGCAGAGAAACAUUUUCGACGCACCAAUUCAACAGAGCGUUGAGAAGAAGCUGGACGAAGUGGACAAGACCAAGGGUGCAGGCAAGUUGGGAGGAGGUGUUGGAAGACUAGGGGGCAGCCUGUUCGGCGGUGGAAGUGGCAGUGUGGCAUCAGAGCUGGAGCCCAUCAACAAGAUCCAAGUGGCAUUGAACAAAGCAGAAACUGCCAGCAAAACCCCCAUCACGGCCGCCAACGCCAAGUACGCAGAAACGACAGAUCCAGCGACAGUCGUGCCGAGCGCUCCUGUGCGAGCAGCAAAGUUAAGGGGCCUGGUAAAAGACUUGAUGGCGGCGCAGAAUGCGGUCGAAGCCAGUAUGAACUCUCGAAGGGAACUCCUGGAUGGGCUGGAAAAGCUCAUUGCGACAAACCGCGCUCAGCUUGCGCAAGAUGAAGUCACGUCGCGUGAUCUCGGCACGAAGAUAGACAGCAUGGAAACGAUCAUCAGAGACGUGGAGGACAGCAUCAUGCGUGGAGUCGAGCCGUUGCCAGUGAACGGCAACGGCAAUGGCAUCGAGCCAGAGCGACCCGAGACCGAAGGCUUCACCCCUCCGCCUCCUGAGAUCGAAUCCUUCACGCCACCUGGUGAAGCGAACGACACCGAUCAGAUUGACAUGGCACCUCUGGAGGCGCCAUUCAGAAAUCCUACGGGAGCAGAUCCGAUAGAAGAGCAACCUCCUAACCGAAAUGAGCCUCCGCCAGCAUUCGUCCCACAGCCCACCAUAACAGCUGCCGACGAUGCAGCGACGCAAGCCCAGGCGUUUCUUGCGACUCUGGACUCACUCAAAGGCACUGUCAGAGGACCAUCCGGUGAGAUUCCAUCGUCAUCAUCAGACGGCAAUCCUGGUGAUCCAAGACUCAAGCGACGGAAGAUGAGCCACCGACCGAGCGGGGACGUGGAUGACGAAAUCUUUGGCCAAGGCGUGGGCGGAGUCGACGAAGACGGCAUUGCUGCGAUGCUUGGACAGUAGUGUCUUCGUCAGCGCUUGGAGUUGGAGGUAUGAGGAAUAUUGAAGCCUUCACGAACGCAGUUUGUAUUUUCGCUCGCAGAGCAGUGGCACGGCACGCGGCUCCUGGUCGAGUUUGUACCAACAGUCGAUGACACAAUGUAGCUUCUACACAGUAUACAGUUACCCGUAUACCAC